UGACGCAAUCCAGGGAAAGUGGUAAUGUUGGGGAGGGAGUGUCUCGUCCGUUCGCGCACAGACAGCAGGGAGCAGCUGAAGCAAAAGGAGUUCUGGUAACAUUUCGCUGCAUUGCUGAAAGUGACAUAUUAUCAUUUAAAACUUGAACAAUUCUAGAAUAGCAUUGUAUCAACCAACGACAGCUAAAAUGGUAGAUCGCGAGCCACUGGUGCAGAAAGCCAGGCUGGCCGAACAGGCUGAAAGAUAUGAUGAUAUGGCAGCAGCCAUGAAAUCGGUGACAGAGUCGAACGAGGCCUUGUCCAACGAGGAGAGGAACCUGCUCUCUGUGGCCUAUAAGAACGUGGUGGGGGCGCGGCGCUCGUCCUGGCGCGUCAUCUCCAGCAUCGAGCAGAAGACCUCGGCGGACGGCAACGAGAAGAAGAUGGAGAUGGUGCGCGCGUACCGCGAGAAGAUCGAGAAGGAGCUGGAGACCGUGUGUCAGAACGUGCUCAACCUCCUGGACAACUUCCUGAUCAAGAACUGCAACGACACACAGCACGAGAGCAAAGUGUUUUACCUGAAGAUGAAAGGCGACUACUACCGCUACCUGGCCGAGGUGGCCACGGACGAGAAGAGGGUCGGCGUGGUGGAGUCCUCUGAGAAGUCCUACAGCGAGGCCCAUGAGAUCAGCAAGGAGCACAUGCAGCCCACCCACCCCAUACGCCUGGGUCUGGCCCUCAACUACUCCGUGUUUUACUACGAGAUCCAGAAUGCACCUGAGCAGGCCUGCCACCUGGCCAAGACCGCCUUCGAUGACGCCAUCGCUGAGCUAGACACCCUGAACGAGGACUCCUACAAAGACUCUACCCUCAUUAUGCAGCUGCUACGAGACAACUUGACACUGUGGACGAGCGACCAGCAAGACGACGAGGGUGGCGAGACCAAUAACUAGAGAGUCCCUAAAGAGACCUCCGUGUCCUGUUUCAGCCAAUACACACAACACGCCCACACGCUCACAAAUGACAACAAACAAAAAUGAAACAGUUCUUAGAAAUGUUAAAAUGUUGGCUGGUGGAACUUUGGUAGCCACUUUUGCUGAUGAUACAACAGCAGCUGCAGUUCUUUAUUUUUCCCAAUGAAUAUAAAAAGUGAAGAAACAAUUUAAUUAAAAAGAGGAGUAGGAGGGGAGAUGAGUUUAGUUUCUAGUAUAGUUUAAAAAAUAAUAGAUAAACCCCUCCCUUCUUGAUUGCCUCUGCAACUUGUCAAAACACCACUUGAGAAUGAUGAAGGUCUGUGGUCAGUGAGUCAGUCAGUGAGUCAGUCAGUGAGUCAGUGAGUCAGUGAGUCAGUCAGUCAGUCAGUCAGUCAGUCAGUGAGUCAGUGAGUCAGUGAGUAGAGUGUGGCUGUUGCGUUAGAGACGACACCCUCACGCUGGCAUGGAGACCGGCAUGUUAUGUCGUUAGCUACAUGAAGUGGAGCUGCUUAUUUAACUUAUGUGGUAAGGGAGGAGGAACAUUCAAAAUUGUAAGGGGAGAUCGACGCUUGUGCAAAAAUUAAAUGAAUAUAUAGAAUAUUUAAAAAAACAAUUAUAAUAAUUAAUCACCUCGCAAAAAAAAAUAAAGAGUUGCAAACAGUUUCCUGAUAGGGUGAAAGAGCUAUCGUAUCUCUAGCCAGAAACCUCAGACUUACCAACAUGGGAAUCCAGAAGUCUGCCUCACACUGUAAUGGUAAUCGUUGAGCGAAGUCAGAUAUUCUUUGUGGUUAUUGAACAUAACCCAAUGUUUUGUUCCCAUGAUCUCAGCAAUUGGUUUGGACCCAGUCAUCUAGAGUUCUUUAACGAAAGCAGGAUGAAACAGACAGCCAGUACAGUCCUCUCAUGCACUGAUACGCUACACAGUCAUCUAGACUAGAGUACUGUAAUGCAAGCAGGAGGAAACAGACAGACAGUACAGUCCUCUCAUGCACUGAUACGCUACACAGUCAUCUAGACUAGAGUACUGUAAUGCAAGCAGGAGGAAACAGACCACCAGUACAGUCCUCUCAUGCACUGAUACGCUACACAGUCAUCUAGACUAGAGUACUGUAAUGCAAGCAGGAGGAAACAGACAGCCAGUACAGUCCUCUCAUGCACUGAUACGCUACACAGUCAUCUAGACUAGAGUACUGUAACGAAAGCAGGAGGAAACAGGCAGACAGUACAGUCCUCUCAUGCACUGAUACGCUAUACAGUCAUCUAGACUAGAGUACUGUAAUGCAAGCAGGAGGAAACAGACAGCCAGUACAGUCCUCUCAUGCACUGAUACGCUAUACAGUCAUCUAGACUAGAGUACUGUAAUGCAAGCAGGAGGAAACAGACAGCCAGUACAGUCCUCUCAUGCACUGAUACGCUACACAGUCAUCUAGACUAGAGUACUGUAAUGCAAGCAGGAGGAAACAGACCACCAGUACAGUCCUCUCAUGCACUGAUACGCUACACAGUCAUCUAGACUAGAGUACUGUAAUGCAAGCAGGAGGAAACAGACAGACAGUACAGUCCUCUCAUGCACUGAUACGCUACACAGUCAUCUAGACUAGAGUACUGUAAUGCAAGCAGGAGGAAACAGACCACCAGUACAGUCCUCUCAUGCACUGAUACGCUACACAGUCAUCUAGACUAGAGUACUGUAAUGCAAGCAGGAGGAAACAGACAGACAGUACAGUCCUCUCAUGCACUGAUACGCUACACAGUCAUCUAGACUAGAGUACUGUAAUGCAAGCAGGAGGAAACAGACCACCAGUACAGUCCUCUCAUGCACUGAUACGCUACACAGUCAUCUAGACUAGAGUACUGUAAUGCAAGCAGGAGGAAACAGACAGCCAGUACAGUCCUCUCAUGCACUGAUACGCUACACAGUCAUCUAGACUAGAGUACUGUAACGAAAGCAGGAGGAAACAGGCAGACAGUACAGUCCUCUCAUGCACUGAUACGCUAUACAGUCAUCUAGACUAGAGUACUGUAAUGCAAGCAGGAGGAAACAGACAGCCAGUACAGUCCUCUCAUGCACUGAUACGCUAUACAGUCAUCUAGACUAGAGUACUGUAACGAAAGCAGGAGGAAACAGACAGCCAGUACAGUCCUCUCAUGCACUGAUACGCUACACAGUCAUCUAGACUAGAGUACUGUAACGAAAGCAGGAGGAAACAGACAGCCAGUACAGUCCUCUCAUGCACUGAUACGCUAUACAGUCAUCCAGACUAGAGUACUGUAACGAAAGCAGGAGGAAGAUCACAGACAGUACAGUCCUCUCAUGCACUGAUACGCUAUACAGUCAUCCAGACUAGAGUACUGUAAUGCAAGCAGGAGGAAACAGACCACCAGUACAGUCCUCUCAUGCACUGAUACGCUACACAGUCAUCUAGACUAGAGUACUGUAACGAAAGCAGGAGGAAACAGACAGCCAGUACAGUCCUCUCAUGCACUGAUACGCUAUACAGUCAUCCAGACUAGAGUACUGUAACGAAAGCAGGAGGAAACAGACAGUAUAGUCCUCUCAUGCACUGAUACGCUAUACAGUCAUCUAGUCUAGAGUACUAUAAUGAAAGCAGGAGGAAACAGACAGCCAGUACAGCCAGUACAGACUUAUUGUUACUCACCCCUUACCGAGGUUGUCAAGGGUGCCAUAUUAUAAGAAUAUCAAAAAUAUGCUAAUACAAUGAAAAUGAAAACACACCAAAUUAAAUGAUUUUGUAGAGGGGAUCAUUUGAUAUCGUAAGGCAACAGAAUUUUGCCCUAAAUUAAGGUACAUUUAUGUUUACAAUAAUUACUUAUUGUAGAUCUCUGAAAUGACACACAGUUGACUGGAACCAAGCGCUCCAUGAUACACCUUUCUUUUGGGCGCUGGCCAAUAUAUAAAACAGUUGUUUUUCUUCUGUCUGUUAACCUUUUUAAUUGUCAAGAAAUACAUUUGCCUAUCAUACUGUUCCCUGAGUGUAAAACGAUACCUACUCAUACUGUUCCCUGAGUGUAAAACGAUACCUACUCAUACUGUUCCCUGAGUGUAAAACGAUACCUACUCAUACUGUUCCCUGAGUGUAAAACGAUAC